AAAAAAAACCAACAACAAGUAAAAAAAUUUGUCUUAAAAACCAAAAAGAUAAUAAUAAUUAAAAAAGAACAGAACAGAAGCUGCUCUUUUGUCCAAAGCUUCUUCCUUUCUCUUUCUCCAACAUUUCUUCUCUGCAAGUUAAAACUUACUAAAAUAAAAUAAAUUAAUAAACCCUUCAAGACAAAAUUAGCUUUUUUGUUUUUUUUCUUUUUUGGUUUUUUAUAAUUUUGUUUUUGUUUCCUCGUAAAACCCAUGAGUGACCCCUUUGGUUCUUCCUCUUUGCUUUAAUCCUCAAGAAAGAAAAAAAAAAUGCCUUCUUUUGCUUUUGGAUCUCAUCACCAUUUGGCGAAUCCUAGAGACUCGCCGUACUCCGUCGAAAUUAGCGUCGACGGUGACUCCUCCGACUUGGAUUCUUUGUCUGAGGUUGAUUUAGAGUCCGGCGGUGUACCGGCGCCGGAGAAAAAGCUACAUUCCUGUGGUAAGAAGAGGAGAACAAGGAGGAGAAAGAGGAGGAAGAAGAAGAAGAAGAAAGGUGGAAGAGAUUGCAGGAUCUGUCAUCUUCCUUUAGAGACUAACAAAGAAGCUGAAGAAGAAGAAGAAGAAGAAGAAGAAGAUGAUUCUGAUGAAGAUGAAGAUGAAGAAGAAGAAGAAGAAGAGUAUUAUGGUUUGCCUUUGCAAUUAGGUUGCUCUUGUAAAGGUGAUUUGGGUGUAGCUCAUAGUAAGUGUGCUGAGACUUGGUUCAAGAUCAAAGGAAACAUGACAUGUGAGAUAUGCGGCGCAAUGGCUCUAAACGUGGCUGGUGAACAAUCAAAUCCGGAGAGCACUGCCUCUACCCAUUCACAAGCAGCUGCGGCAGGACAAUCUCAAACUCAGACAGAGCCACGAGGAAUCUGGCAUGGUCGCCCUGUUAUGAACUUCUUACUUGCUGCUAUGGUCUUCGCCUUCGUUGUUUCUUGGCUUUUUCACUUCAAAGUCCUCAAGUGAAACGUUUUCCAUCUCUCUCUCUUUCGCCCACCCGCACGCGCUCACUCUUCUCCUGUUCUUGAGCCGCUUGCAAUUGCUGAAUCAAUCCCUCCUGUUGCUUGAUUAUUCACACGUUUUGUAGCUGUAAAAACUUGGUAGUGUUUAGAUUGUUGUAACUUGUGAGAUUUAUGUAUAAUAUUAUCCUCUGUUCCGGCUUGGUGAAAACCUCUGUGUGGUCAGGAGGGUCUUAGAUC